AUGCAGUUGAUCUCUACCCUCUCCGCCGUUCUGGCCGUUACUGGCGCUGCCGUUGCUGGUCCCACUGGUCAAAAGGGACCGGCCUUUAGAUGGCAUGGCCCCGCACCUCACCCCGGGCAUGGUCCAUCGCCACCGGGACGCCCUCUGCCACCAGUCGCUCGCCCACCGCCACCUCCACCAGGUGCUCCUAAGGAUCAGGGCUUGUACACUGCUAUGCGUGCCCGUGGACGCGAGUUCAUUGGUACCGCUGUUACAUUCCGCAAUGACACCGCCGAGGCUGCUAUCUACGGCAACAAGGCCGACUUCAACUCCAUCACUCCAGAGAACGCCAUGAAGUGGGAAGUCACCGAGCCCCAACGCGGCAAUUUCACCUUCGACGACGCAGAUCGUUACGUCGACUACGCCACAGCCAACGGCAUCGAAAUCCACUGCCACAACCUGGUCUGGCACUCCCAGCUCCCACCCUGGGUCACAGCCGGCAAAUUCGACAAUGCCACCUUGAUAGGCAUCAUGCACGACCACAUCAAGGGCCUCGCCGGCCGGUACGCUGGCCGCUGCACACGCUGGGACGUGGUGAACGAGGCUCUGGACGAGGACGGGACGUAUCGCAAGAGCGUCUGGUAUAACACCAUCGGCGAGGCAUUCCUGCCUAUGGCCUUCAAGUUCGCUCGUGAGGUCGAUCCCAAGGCGCAGUUGUACUACAAUGACUACAAUCUCGAGUACAACGAGGCCAAGACCACCGGUGCGCAGCGCAUCGUCAAGCUCAUCCAGUCUUACGGCGUGGAGAUCGACGGUGUGGGUUUCCAGGCCCAUGUUGCUUCUGAGACUACGCCUACCUCGGGUGGCCCGGCGCCCAACCAGACUGUCCUUGAGGCUGCUUUCAACCAGAUGACGAGCCAGAAUGUUAAUGUCAUUUACACCGAGAUUGACGUCAGGAUGAACACUCCUGCUACACCGGCUAAGUUGGCUGUGCAGGCUGAGACUUAUAGGUCUUUGGCUGCUGCUUGUCUUUCGGUCAAGCGAUGUGUUGGUAUGACUCUUUGGGGUGUUUCCGACAAAUACUCCUGGAUCCCGGGAACCUUCCCUGGCGAGGGUGCUGCUAACGUCUGGAACGAGACCAUGCAGAAGAAGCCUGCUUAUGAUGGGUUCUUGAAGGGCAUUCAGACUGGUGGUCGUUAA